UACAGUAAAUAUUUGUGUUUGCUCGACCCGGCUGUAAUGGUGGACGGCUGAAGGCAAGAGGAGCAGAAUACGAGCCGAGUGAAGAAAGAACGAGAGGGGGAAAAUAACCGGUCGAAAGUCUGCUUCAAGAGUCCAGCCGCCGCGACGAGGACACGGGCUCCGUUGAAAAUGGAUGAACUAAAACAUCAAGUCAUGAUUAACCAGUUCGUCCUGACGGCGGGCUGUGCGGCAGACCAAGCGAAGCAGCUACUGCAGGCGGCACACUGGCAGUUUGAGACUGCCCUCAGUGCCUUUUUUCAAGAAACAAAUAUUCCAUAUGGCCAUCAUCAUCAAAUGAUGUGCACCCCAGCCAACACACCAGCAACACCCCCAAACUUCCCGGACGCGCUGACCAUGUUCUCACGGCUGAAGGCGUCCGAGAGCUUCAACAGCGGCAGCGGCGGCAGCCCCAUGGCCGCCUCCAUGGCCACUUCACCUCCGCCCCCCCAGGUCGGCGGCUGGGGGGUCUCACCUAAUGUGCCGCAAACUCCACAGGGACUCUGGACUCAGGGGCAGCCCCCCACGCAGCCCUGCCCCGCCUGGCCCACGGGCGUAAACCCUCGCGCGGGCGCCGAGCAGAAGGCUAGUGUAGCGAUGGAGGCCGAGAGAUGAAGGGCCACACGGGACUGAAACCCUCUCACACCCUGGGGAGGGAAGGAAACGGGGGGAGGGGGGGAGAUGUGGGAGGUAAUAAUGGGUUUGAAAAAAAAAAGGGGUUUUGGUCUUUUUUUUUCGGAUUUGAAAAGAGACGGAAACUACGCAAACCAAGAGAAACUCAACAUGGACGAUUAAAGAAGAGGAGAAAACCAAUGCAAACAAAAAUGAAAGAAAAAAAAAAGAUACACACACAUAGUAAUAAGAGAGCAACUGAAAUCUUUGGUAGUUUUUUUUCUUAAGUAAAUGCAUAGAUAAGAGAAAUAUUAUUGAACUUUAAAAAGAAAAAAGAAAUUAAAAAAUUGUCACGCCCAAGGAUUCUAUGUGAUUUUCAAGGACAUUCAAGGCAGCAAACUUAACUUUCUGAUUUUUUUGUUUAGUAUUUUUUGUUUCUUUUUCAGCCAGUGUGUUUUUUUGUAUCACUGGUUUUUCUGUGUUUUAUGUUUUUUUUUUUUGCAACUGUCUGAGCUGCAUGAGGAGAGACAGGACGUUGCAAUGCAGUGUUUUAGAUUGACUCAAAAAAAAAAAAAAUCAUCGCACACUUGAGUUGUGAGUGUGUACGCAUGUGAGCGGGUGGUCAAGUUUGUAAUCGACAACAAUGUAUACACACACACACACACACACAAUAGAGUUUAGAUGAAACACCUCCAUAUACUGUCAAUCCCGUCAUCAAAGACGGGAGCUUUUCUUACCUCACCUGGUGGUCACCUGACUUCUUUCAGCCAAUCAGGGAUUCUUCUUAAACCAACCAUUGCCACCACCGACACAGGACAUGUUUUUAAAGGUUUUUUCUUAGAGGCGACACAAGAGUUUUAUUCAAAGCUGGACUCAGACACGACAACUGUCCACUGGAGAUUUUGGGUUAUUAUUAUUAUUAUUAUUGUUGUUAUUACAAGAAAAAAAAAAAGUGGUUUUAAUGUAAUAUGGUUUAUAAUGCAAACUGUUUCUUAGUUUUUUCGUUAAAGAGGUUAAAGGAGGCGGCUUUGAACUUGGGUGGAACUUUCAGGUUGAUUUUUUUGGUUUUAGGUUGAUUUUUUUUUGGAAAGAGUAAAAUCUUAAUACACCUUAAAAGAAAAGAAAAGAGAAAAAAAAACAGCUACAGAAAAACAACACAACUACUCCAUCUUUGUAAACAGAAUUGCCACUUUGCAUGAUGUGUUCAUAAUGUGUAACAUCUUUUGUAGCAAAACAUACAUGAGGUCGAGACGUGGGUUUUUUUGUUCGGAAAAGGGGGUGGGGUUUAAGUUGAGGGCGGGGCGGGUGUUUUUUUUCCCCAAAGCUAAAAAGAAGAAGAAAUGCAAUAGAGCGUAAAGUGUCUUGUUAAACAUGAGAAACAAUUGGUGUGGGCCGGGGGGGGGGAGCCCACCACAACCUAUUUGGGGACACUACAGAUUACUUUCAGAUAAUACAGUAUAUAUUUACCCUUAGUUAAAUUACUACAGAGGAGUUUUUUUGUAGUUUUCUGACCGGUCCCUGGUCCAUUGAUACUGCUGAGGGGACAGUUUCAGGGAUGACCCUGAUAUACGGCAAUAUUUGAAAAAAAAAAAAAAGCAGGGUCUUGCCCCUAUUUUUAGUUGGUCUUGUCUGAAUUAUUUUUACAUUCGAGAGUCAGAAGAGAUAUUUUGAAUAGCAGAGGGGUCUUUUUUUAAAAAGAAGAGAUGAUUAGGAAAAAACAAAUAUGGAUAUAAUACUGAAUAAAUAACCACCUUUUGUUGUUUUGUUUUUUUAUAUAUAUAUAAUUUAGACUAAACUAGUGUUUUGAGUUCAUCUAUUUUCCAUGCUUUGUACUUUAUUUGGUUAAAUCAGAGCGUUUCUGGGUGGGCCUGUUCCUAAAUGGUUUCUCAUGUAUGUUCCCCCUCCCCUCUCCCCCCCCCAUGUAUGACUGUAUGAGACCAUUCCCACAAUAUUUGUGGACUACCUGAUAAUUAACUUAUCAUUUUUGUGAACCUAAAUAAAUAUUGUAUGUCAAUCUAA